ACUCUUCAAAAACUUCGUUUGCAAGCUCGCCCUCCUUCGCUUCAUCUCUCUACCUCAACCGAAAAUGGAACCCUAAUUCCAAUUUCAUUUUCAGUUUUAAUUUUGAAAAGCCAGACAGAUCCACCUCUCCCUCUGUCUUUCUGUGUAAUGCCGUUGAUCUCGGAACUCGGUCUCCAAUUAUAGUUGACCCAGUGACUUAGUACUACCGUCUCAAACCACCACAGGCCUCGAGCAAUACCAAUGGGCGGAGUCCCUUCAACGCCGCGUUUUAGCGACGCUCGUCCACAGGAUACAGCCGAGUACUUAAUCGCCACAUUCGUUGGUGAGAAAUCCUUCCCUUUGGACUCUGAUUUCUGGCAGAAGCUUCUCGAACUCCCUCUCAGUCUUCGCUGGCCCUCCCAUCGAGUCCAUCAAGCUUGCCAAGUUUUUGCACAAAACAACUGUAAUACCAGGCAUCUUGCAAAGAUUUCGAUUCACUUAGCACAGUGUUUGCAAGAGUCUAUUUCAUCUUCUGGUACUCAGUCGACAGCUUAUACCAAGGCUAUUAAUGCAGUGUACAUUUCGUCAGUUUUCCUGAAGUACCUAAUAGAAAAUGCUCAAAGUGACAACUUUGAUGAGUUACAUCUAUCUCUUGCUGAAAGUGAACCAAUUCCAAAGGAAUUUACGAUAGAUCAAAACAUCAAAAAGCUUGUCAUGCAUAGUGUGCUGAGCUUUAUUGUCUCAGUAGAUGUAAGCCCCCAAACAUACCUCCUACAUCAGGAGCUGCUUAACUUCAUGCUCAUCGCGAUGUCAACUCAGCUUCUUUCUGGGCCAUCUCCUGGACCAAAAGAUGUGCACCCAUUCAUUGAUGCUGCAAUGGCUGAGGAAAGUUCUUUGGUAAAUUCAGUUGUUCACCGAUUGCUACUCAACUACAUAAUGCGACCUCGUAUCCCCUUGAAUAGUGCAUCUUACUCUAUAUUUUCAGAGAUGAGCGAGCCUGGUGUUCUGCAGAGAGUGGGUUCUGCAGCUGCAACUUUUGUGUUGUUGCCAUUCAAUUAUCUGGUCAGUUCAAGUGGUGAAAGCUCAAGAAAUCAACUGGCAGACUGCAGCCUCCUUGUGCUACUUGUUCUCAUUCAUUAUCGUAAAUGUGUUGAGAGUGAUGAAUCUGUAACAGAUAGAAGUGAUGACAGUGCCGCCUCAGAUUCUCUUUCCAAGUCAAAUACACAUUUCUCUGACAAUCCUUACUGCAAAGCAUUAGAAAAUGCAAGGGAUAUUGAAUUUGGUCAUGUAGAUAUUGAAGGGAAUGCACACAAUGGUUUAGUUGUGAAGUUACCUUUUGCUGCUCUAUUUGAUACUCUUGGAUUGUGCUUGGCUGAUGAGACCGCAGUUUUAUUGCUUUACUCAUUGGUGGAAGGGAACUCUGGCUUCUUGGAGUAUGUUCUUGUGCGAACUGAUUUGGAUACAUUGUUGAUGCCCAUUUUGGAAACCUUAUAUAAUGCUUCAAAGAGGACACCUAAUCAGAUAUACAUGUUGCUGAUUAUCCUUCUUAUACUUAGUCAAGAUUCUUCUUUCAAUGCGAGCAUCCACAAAAUGAUUCUCCCUAGUGUUCCUUGGUACAAAGAACACCUUCUUCACCAGACAUCUCUCGGAUCCUUGAUGGUGAUCAUUUUGAUAAGGACUGUGAAGUAUAACCUAUCUAAGCUACGGGAUGUCUACCUCCAUACAACUUGUCUGGCAACUUUGGCAAACAUGGCACCUCAUGUCCACCGUUUGAGUGCAUAUGCAUCACAGAGACUAGUCAGCCUUUUCUAUAUGCUUUCACGGAAGUACAACAAACUAGCGGAUCUAAGAGAUGACAAGAAAGGCUCAUUAGAACAAGACAGCCUUGCAGAAGAUAUGUCAGCAGAGUUGCAUAUUUAUACCGACUUCCUGAGAAUUGUCCUUGAAAUAUUAAAUGCAAUUUUGACUUAUGCACUGCCUCGGAAUCCUGAGGUUGUGUAUGCAAUACUACACAGGCAGGAGGUUUUCCAGCCAUUCAAGAGCCAUCCUCGCUUUAAUGAGCUGCUAGAGAAUAUAUACACGGUAUUAGAUUUUUUUAAUAGUCGGCUUGAUUCCCAAAGAGUGGAUGGUGAAUGGUCAGUGGACAAAGUUCUCCAGUUCAUAAUUAUUAAUUGCCGAUCUUGGCGGGGUGAUGGAUUGAAGAUGUUUACUCAAUUACAUUUCUCAUACGAACAAGAGAGUCAUCCAGAGGAGUUCUUUAUUCCAUAUGUGUGGCAACUGGUUCUAUCGCGCUGUGAAUUCAGUUUUGAUCCCAGUUCUAUAAGUUUGUUUCCAGUCGAUCUUCCUGUAAAAGUAAGUAUCUGAAUCUCCUUUAAAUUUGUA